CCUCCCUAAUUGUUAUAUAGCACACUGUUUAUAUUAAACAUGCUUCACUGAUUCGAGUAUUUGGCGAGCGCCGUUUUGUCCUACUAAUUUUGGCGGUCCUUGAACUCACCGUAGUUGGUUUACAUGGGUAACUUUCUCCGACUUUCUAGGACGUGUUUUAUGCCACUUCUUUUUCCGUCUCAUUUUGUCCACCAAACUCUUAACGUCGUGCAUGGAUGCACAAAGGGCUGGUUCAGCCCAGGUCAGGUGUUCGUGCUGGACGAGUACUGCGCUCGUUACGGCGUGCGUGGCUGCCAUCGCCACCUGAGCUACCUGAGCGAGCUGAUGGCGUUGUCGGAGAACAACACGCUGGUGGACCCCACGCUGCUGCACUACAGCUACGCCUUCUGCGCCUCCCACGUGCACGGCAACAGACCUGACGGCAUGGGCGCGGUGACGAUGGAGGAGAAGGAGACGUUUGAAGGCGUCAGAAGUCGACUGCUGCUUCUUCUGGAGAAGCAGAUUACACACUUUAGGUACUGCUUCCCCUUUGGAAGACCAGAUGGCGCCCUGAAGGCCACGCUGUCCCUGCAGGAGCGGGUCCUCAUGAAGGACAUCACCACAGCAGUUCCUCCAGAGGAGAUGAAGAAGCUGGUGCACAAGUGUCUGGAGAAAGCUGCCGGGAUCAAUUACGGCCAGCUGAUAGAAUACGCUCACAUGACAGUGGACGUGGAAGUGGACCCGGAGAAGAGACUGGAGGACGUGAUGCGAUUGGGAGAGUUGGUCAUUGAAGUCCUGCAGCAGAACGACGAGCAUCACUCUGAGGCGUUCUCGUGGUGGCCCGAGCUGAUGGCCGAGCACGCCGAGAGCUUCCUGUCCCUGUACCGGGCGGACGUGGACCCGGUCCUGCGGGCCCAGGCCCUGGACUCGUGGAACAGCUUCCCGCUCUUCCAGCUCCUCAACGGCUUCCUGAGGACCGAGCCCCACCUGUGCAACGGGCCCUUCCACAAACACCUGCAGGAGCUGUUUGUCCCCCUGGUGGUGCGCUACAUCGACCUGAUGGAGUCGUCCAUCGCGCAGUCCGUCCAUCGAGGCUUCGAGCACGAGACCUGGCAGUCGGUCAAGUCUCUCACUAACAACCUCGCCGGCGUCCCCCUCCUCAAAGUCCCCAGCCUCCCCCUGUCCCUUCCGUCCAUGCCCAGCUUCUCGCCACCGGCCUGGAUGGGAGCGCCGCGUGACCACACCAACGGCUCGGCCACGUCGGACGACCUGUUCUGGAAGCUGAACGCUCUGCAGAUGUUCGUGGUGGACCUGCACUGGCCCGAGGAGCAGUUUGCUCAACAUCUGGAGCAGCGGCUCAAGCUGAUGGCCAGCGACAUGAUGGAGGCCUGCGUCAGGAGAACAAAAUCUGCUUUUGACGCCAAAAUGCAGAAAGCCAACAAGUCGACGGACUUCCGAGUGGCGCUGUGCGUGUGCACCAUGCUGAACGUGCUGAUGGACGCCAAGAGACACUGCUCCACACUCUGUGUGCUGGACACUGGACAGGAGCAGACAGACAAACAAUGGCAACAGUACCACUCCAAAAUCGAUGUCCUGAUCGAUGAGGCGUUCAAAGACAUGAUUUCUUCUCUGGUCUCUAAGUUGUCGGCGGUCCUCGAUGGCGUUCUGUCCAAACUGUCCAGAUACGACCAAGGCACCUUCUUCUCCUCCGUCCUCUCCUUCACGGUGAAAGCCGCCGGCAAAUACGUGGAAGUGCCCAAAGCAGGAAUGGACAUGGCAGACACCUACAUCACAUUCAUACGACUCAAUCAAGACAUCCUUCGUGAUUCCAUCAAUGAUGAACUCUACUUGGAAAAAAUCUUUGAUCAAUGGUACAGCAGCAGCAUGAAGAUGCUGUGUGGGUGGUUGACGGACAGGUUGGACCUGCAGCUUCAUCUCUACCAGCUGAAGACCCUCAUCAAGAUGGUGAAGAAGACCUUCAGAGACUUCCGCCUGCAGGGUGUGUUGGACACCACCCUCAGCAACAAGAACUACGAGAGCGUCUGCAACCGCCUAGCACUGGAGGAGGCCACUGUGGCCGUCAAGGCAGGCGACGCCAUGCAGGGGAUCAGCAUGAGGGACAGUGAUGAAGAUGACUGAACGACUUCAUCGUCACGUCUGUAGCCACACCUUCACCAUCGUCACACCUUCACCUUCAUCACACCUUCACCUUCAUCACACCUUCACCAUAGUCACACCUUCACCUUCAUCACACCUUCACCUUAGUCACACCUUCACCAUAGUCACACCUUCACCUUCAUCACACCUUCACCAUAGUCACACCUUCACCAUAGUCACACCUUCACCAUCGUCACACCUUCACCUUCAUCACACCUUCACCUUCAUCACACCUUCACCAUAGUCACACCUUCACCAUAGUCACACUUUCACCAUCGUCACCCCUUCACCUUCAUCACACCUUCACCUUAGUCACACAUUCACCUUCAUCACACCUUCACCAUAGUCACACCUUCACCUUCAUCACACCUUCACCAUAGUCACACCUUCACCAUAGUCUCACCUUCAUCACACCUUCACCAUAGUCACACCUUCACCAUAGUCACACCUUCACCAUCGUCACACCUUCACCAUCGUCACACCUUCACCUUCAUCACACCUUCACCUUAGUCACACCUUCACCUUCAUCACACCUUCACCUUCAUCACACCUUCACCAUAGUCUCACCUUCAUUACACCUUCACCAUAGUCACACCUUCACCAUCGUCACACCUUCACCAUUGUCACACCUUCACCAUAGUCACAUCUUCACCAUAGUCACAUCUUC